AUGGACCCUAGCGAGCCCGCCACAUCUAAUUCCGGGUCGGAGAAGAUGUCUCCUACGACCACAGCCUUUUCCUCACCCUCACAGUCACCAAAUCCCGGCAUAACGAAGAAUCGCCCCAAUGGAAGCGUCACCAUGGAAGAUGUUACCGGUACGGUUCCUGGAUGGCCUGCGUUGGCCAGAACAAUAGCCAACAAACCUGCGUUUGUGGCCUUUCCAUCGUUCAAUGAUCUCAACGUGAAGUCUUUACUCUACUAUCAAGCGGAACUCAUCAAACUGAGGAAAGAACUGCAUGAAACUGAAUACCAAGACUAUUUCCACGGCGAUGCCUCACAAAUUCACUUUGCAGAAGACUUGGAUUGGUUGUUCGACUCAGUGCAAAGCGACUCAGAGCAAAAGGACUCGGACCAAAAGGACUCAGAGCUAAGUCCUGAGCAAUUGAAAAUACUUGAAAAGAUUCGGAUUAUUCUGGAUAAAUACAACGCUGCACUGAUCCAAUUCUCAAAAGUUUCAGAAUUCCCAGAGGCUGACAGUAGCAAUGUAGAGUGUCUGAGGAACUGUGCAAGGGAAGUUGUUAAUGGCUCUGCUAUCACGGGAUCAGGCUCCCAGACCUGGGGCACACUCGGCAAGGCGAAAGUUACGCAGAAAUCACUCGGCAAGCUUGUUUGGGGCCUAUUCGUGGGAUUGUUCAAGACUCAAGAAGUAAAGCGUGAUGUGGUCCUGCAAGAAUUUCAAGAGCAUCUGAUAGUGCCUCGCGCGGGAAGCAAACCCGACGGCUUAACGUUAUGGGUAGUGUACAGUUUCAUCCCGUUGUUUCAUCGUGUGUGGAGAGGAUGUGGAGAGCCUACCUGGGCGAAGCUUUGGGGGGGAGUGAAGGGCCCGUUUUCUUCAUGCCAUCUUCCACGAUUCCGCCAAGACUCAAGCGCAUCCACUGCCUCUACCGCUGGCACUGCGGCAUCGAGAGGCUCAAAUCUCUCCAAGGCUGGUGACAAGAAUCUUACCGCCUACUCGAAAAGCUGGAUCUUACGCGUUACGUCCAUAUUGACAACCAUCGUGGCCUGUCUCCUCCCCGUCGUCGCCAUCGUCGUUCUCUCUAGGGUGCAGUCGAUGGGAAUGAUUCUCGGACUCAUCGCCAUUUUCAACAGCGUCUUCGCCUUUGGUCUCGUCCUGAUUUCAUCAGGAAGCUCACGGGUUGAGAUCUUUACUGCUACUGCUGCCUUCUCGGCAGUGAUGGUGGUGUUCGUCCAGAACAAGAUCUCUCAGAACUAA